ACCGGGCUGUGAAUCCAUUACCUAGCGAUCUCCCGGUACAGGGAACGGUAAGGGCAGAGUACCCUCCAUCCACUCAUAGUACAUACAUAUUCAUCAAUCUUUGCAGGGAAUCCUUUUGAUUAACAAGGCAUGGAAGACGAUGCUGAUUUAGCGCUGUUAACAUCCUUGUUGGAGGAAAAUGAAGCUGCAGAGGGAAGCAGUACUGAGUAUCCCAAUGCUUCUAGUGAUGAGUAUGAUGAUAUUUUUGAUGGGGAUGAGGAUGGAUCCUAUCAUGAAGGGGAUAAUCCAUCUGAAGAGCAGGAGGUUAAGGGGGUGCAAGAAGAUUUUGCAACCUUGUUUGGAGAUAUUCAUGACAUCGACGAGAAGCAUUCAGAAGAAAAUUUGCAUGAAAAUGAGAAGCAAUUGUCAUUCUCCACCCAAGAGAAAUCAAAGCAAGAGCUGGAAGAUGAGUUAAAGAAAAUGCAAGAGCAAAUGCAAAAGUUGCAGGAAAAGUUAAAACACACUGCACUUGCACAGUCACCAAGCUCUGUUGCUCCAAGAAAGUCACCAGUCAAUAAUAUGAAAUCAGUACCAAGAUCACAGAGCAACCACUUAAAAGAUAGAAAUAGUCGAAUUGUGCAGGAAUCCAGCACCUUUGGUGCCCAGCUUAACAGCCCACCGACACCUAAAACACAAUCACAGGACACUGUUAAAAGAAAACUGCAUGUCUCAGAAAAUAAAUCUCCUCCUGAGAAAAAAACACCCACAAUGCGUCAGCCUGAAAAACCACCUACUAGGCCAAGCACUGUGACCGGAACGCAUCAUCAAGGGGCUGCUGCAAAAUCCCCUGUUAGUCAACAAGUGUCUGUUGAGACAUUUUCUGGCCUCAGACUCAGGAGACCAAAGGUGUCAUCUGUAGAAAUGGAGCGUAAAAUGAAUGGACGAAAGCUGAUAAAACUAUCUCAGUUACAGAGCAAGAUCACUACAGAAAAACUUGAGGAUGUGGAUUGGGUUACAUUUGGUGUGAUAAUAAAGAAAAUUACACCGCAAAGUACAAAUAAUGGGAAAACAUUUAGCAUUUGGAGACUGAAUGACUUGAAAAGUCUAGAUUCGUAUGUUUCGCUCUUUUUAUUUGGUGAUGUCCAUAAAGAACACUGGAAAACAGAUCAGGGAACUGUUAUUGGCAUACUAAACGCUACUCUUAUGAAGCCAAAAGAGGGAUCAGAUGAGAUUUGUUUUUCUGUUGAUAAUCCUCAAAAGAUAUUACUGUUGGGUGAAGCAAUGGAUUUAGGAACCUGUAAGUCCCGCAAAAAGAAUGGCGAGCCUUGUACACAAAUGGUCAACCUGAACGACUGUGAGUACUGCCAGUAUCAUGUGCAAGCUCAGUACAAGAAGAUCAGUGCAAAGAGAGCAGACUUGCAAUCCAGUUAUUCAGGCCAUGUCCCCAAGAAAAAGGCUAAAGGUGGAAACAGCUUAAAAGAGCGCCUUUGUCACAGCGGUUUUCACUAUGGGGGCAUGUCUUCCAUGGCAUAUGGAGCUACAAUUGCAUCUGCUGCAGCUCCUAAAAAAACUGUGCAGACAACUCUUUCCAACAUGGUUGUUAAGGGUGCAGAGGCGAUUGCAUUACAAGCAAGGCAAAAAAUUGCUGCAGCUAAGCAAGCCGCUGUGCCAUGCUCUGACGCUUUUAAGGACUUAUUGAGUGCACCCACACCAGGAGCGCUCAAUCUGAAAAGGCAUUUAUCCAGCACACCAUCACAAGGCAACACAAAGCAAGGUUCAUCUUUUCAAUCUAUAUCUGCAUCUGCACUCCUGAAACAGCAAAAGCAGCAGUUGCUGGAGGCAAGGAAGAAGAAGGCUGAGGAGAUUCAGAAGAGGUUUCUUGAUAGUACCUCUAGUUCAGAGCUCUCAAGUACGGUGGCGUCUACUGGGCCAAAUUUGUUUCAGUCACCAAAACCAGCUGCAGAAUUCCCUAAUACACAGAAGGUUGCAACACCCAAGUUAGGUCGUGGUUUUUCACCUGGGGAAGAUGUUCUUUUCUUUGACACCUCAACUCCCUCGGUCCCCAGGUUAAGUGCUCCUGCUGACGCUAAAAAGCUUGCAGCUAUAAGGAAACUUCAAACGAAAGGACAGACUCUUAAGAAAGAUGACCCAAAUAGCCUGAAAAGACCACGUGCAAGUUCAACUGAUAUUGGGCAGGUGCUUCACAGAGUGGAAAACAACGUUGUGUCACCUGAAGCUCCAGAUGAGCAGGAGCCAGCCAUGAAGAGGCGCAGAGAGCAGCUAGCCUACCUACAGUCUGAAGAGUUCCAGAAGAUUUUGAAAGCCAAGUCUAAGCACACUGGAGUCAUAAAGGAGGCUGAAGCAGAGAUUCAAGAAAAAUACUUUGAGCCACUUGUAAAGAAAGAACAACUGGAAGAGAAGAUGAGAAGCACCCGGGAAGUAAAGUGCCGCGUAGUAACCUGUAAAACAUGUAAAUUCACACACUUCAGUCUUCUGGACACCUGUAUUAGCGAGAACCAUGACUUCCACUGGCAUGAUGGUGUGAAACGUUUCUUCAAAUGUUCCUGUGGUAACAGAACCAUUUCCCUGGACCGUCUGCCCACGAAGCACUGCAGCAAUUGUGGCCUAUUCAAAUGGGAACGUGAUGGCAUGCUUAAGGAAAAGCGUGGACCCAAAAUUGGAGGAGAAACUCUGCUGCCAAGAGGAGAAGAGCAUGGCAAAUUUAUUAACAGCCUUAAAUAAUGUUCCAGGACAACCUUAUUUCAUUUGAUAUGGAUUGUGGAAAUAUAAACUAUGCAUCAAACAUACUGACCCUGUCAAACCAUGCCUUAUAUCUUUCACUAAAGUUUGGGCUGGACACACACAAUGAUGCUUCUGUUAACUCUGUUUCCGGUUAUGAUAGGUCAUAUUGCACAACAGUAACAAUAUCUGGCUUUCUUUUAACCCCUUCAUUACAAAUGAUGUACAAAGGCAAUCAGAACAAAAUGGGAUUGGUGUAACUGUGUCAUGAUUGGUUAAGUAAUGUAAACGUUAACAUUUAUUUUCUGUUCGUUCAGACCAUUUUCUGAUGCUGCACAGACUUAAUUGUCAAUUUAUUUAAUCUUUUACUUAAAUGUAGGGUGCCUGUUCCUGUUCGUAAAUGUGUAUUGAUGUUGCAGGCAAUCUUGGAAUAAGUAGCUCUAUCUUUCAAAAAUCUGUAAAAGUUGGACAUACCUCCCCCAAUUCUCAAUUUCUUUCAUUUUCUCUCAAAGGUUUUAUCGGUAUAUAAUUUUUGGCGGUGGGCAAUGUUGUAUGCGUCCACAUUUGUGUUAUGCAUGUGUGGUACUUCUAGUGGUUUCAGCUGCAGUCCAGUUUUUGUAGUACAAAGUCUCUAUGGUGGCUGUUCUGAGUCUAGCAUGUAACACCAGCCUCCAUAUUGAAUGCUGGAACUACCAUGUUUAUGGGUAACAGUUUGUUUAGCAUAAACAUAAUUUCCCACAAUUCAAAUGAGCUGCUAUUAUGUUGACACAAGCUCUGGAAGUCACAGAACAAUAGUUUGUUUGAUUAAAAGGCAAGGCAUUUUAAUAUUUUAAAAGAAGCUUUGUAAAUAUGUAUAUGUUUCUUUCCUAUUAAGGAUAUUUUAAAUAUUUUAUAUGUUUCACGGACUACAAAUGCAUGUAGGAAAUUGUAUAUUAGUGU